AAAUCAAAGCCUGGUCCAACAAGAGAGAAGAACACGAAAAGCCCAACUAUGUCUAGGAAGUUAAGAAUCGAAAGUUAGCUCUCCUACCCCAACUGCAUCCCAUUAAUUUACUUACCAUCUUCCAAACUAAUUCCUACCCUGAGUGAGCCUUGAUUGUCCCAUUUUGGAUCCCAUCUUUAGUCCCAUUCAUUCUCUCUCUCUCUCUCUGUGCUUCAGCUUAUUUAUGGAUCUUGCAUAAGAUUGCUCGCCAAAGUACAGAGCUUAUUGUUUUUUGGAAUUUGGUCAUUUGGGUCUUUCCAAGAUGAAGGUGAGCGUAAUCUCACGAAGCGGUAGAGAAGUAAUCAGGGGUGGCCUUGAGCUCAAUGACUCUGCCACUGUGUCUGAUCUACAGGAGGCGAUUCAUAAGCGAACAAAAAAGUUCUACCCUGCUAGGCAGCGACUUACCCUCCCUGUCCAACCGGGAUCAAAAGAGAGGCCCGUUGUCCUCAGCUCCAAAAAGGGUCUCAAAGAAUAUACCAGUGGAAACUCGAAUGACUUGACUGUAGUGUUCAAAGACCUUGGCGCGCAAGUUUCAUACCGUACUCUCUUCUUCUUCGAAUACUUGGGUCCUCUGAUCAUUUAUCCUCUAUUUUACUACUUUCCGGUGUAUCGAUACUUUGGCUUCAAAGGCGAGCGUGUCAUCCACCCUGUGCAGACGUAUGCCAUGUACUACUGGUGUUUCCACUACUUCAAACGCAUUAUGGAAACAUUUUUCGUUCAUCGGUUCAGCCAUGCCACCUCACCACUCUCCAAUGUUUUUCGCAAUUGUCUUUACUAUUGGUCCUUCGGAUCUUACAUAGCUUACUAUGUGAAUCACCCACUUUACACCCCUGUUAGUGACCUACAAAUGAAGAUUGGCUUUGGGUUUGGGAUACUAUGUCAAAUCUCAAACUUCUAUUGCCAUAUCUUGCUCAGUAAUCUGCGUGGUGCUGAUGGGAGUGGAGGAUAUCAAAUUCCACGCGGGUUUUUGUUCAACAUCGUCACUUGUGCAAACUACACAACUGAGAUUUAUCAGUGGUUGGGUUUCAACAUUGCCACACAGACAGUCGCUGGUUAUCUCUUCCUUGUGGUUGCUGCUUUUAUAAUGACCAACUGGGCCCUUGCAAAGCACCGCCGGUUGAAGAAGCUAUUCGAUGGAAAAGAUGGAAGGCCAAAGUAUCCACGCAGAUGGAUAAUACUACCUCCAUUUCUGUAGAACAUUUUGGUGAGCGAGCGAGCGAGCAGCGUCUACUAUUUCUUCUUGCCCCUAGUUGGUAUCAUGUUUUGCCUCCAACUGUAUGAAUUGUUAGAGCUCCAUUUUCACCAGAGCUGAUAUUUUUGUUUUUGCAUUUCAGUCCUAGUGUUUUUAGUUUCAGUUUAAAAAUGUAAUGGAUUUCAAAGGAUGAUUAUCAUCUUUUCUUUUUUCUUUCUCUGCUAUUUAUUCUAGAUGGCUGUGUUGUUCUCUGUACUCUUGGAUUGAAACCUUCUCCUAAAUAAUGACUUUAUACUCCUAGCAGAUAAAGACUUGGGAAGAUUGUAGAGGUUCCAAAACUUAUAUACAUACAUAUAUUUAUAUUUA